AUGAAAGAGACUAUCGUAUCAUCUCUGCCAAAUGCGCCAUCCAGUGAAGCCAUCUUACGGCACAAUUCAAUAACUAUUCGCGAUGCCCUCAAAAAAUUUCAAGCAUUUGCCGGUUUGAAGGUUACCGGUAAACUUGAUGCAGCAACAGUGAAUAAAAUGAAGCAAAAACGUUGUGGUCGUCCGGAUGUAAUAGCAUUACGACAGCAAGAUAAAUAUAAAUGGAAGAAGAAUGAUCUAACCUAUUCAAUUGAGUCAUUAACAAACGAAUUAUCUGAGAGUGAAGUGAGAGAAGCACUCAAAAAAGCAUCUGAUACGUGGUCAGCGGUGACACGUUUGACAUUAAAUGAAAUAUCACAAAAAGGUGACAUAACAGUUGCGUUUGCACGACGUAUGCAUGAUGAUCCAUGGCCUUUUGAUGGCGAAGGAGGUGUAUUGGCACAUGCAACACUACCGUCUUCCGGUAUUCUCCAUUUUGAUUCGGAUGAGAAAUGGGUGUAUAUGAAUCCAAAAGCUAUCAUAAGCUAUAAUACUACGGAUGUAUUACAAGUAGCAGUUCAUGAAAUUGGACAUGUUCUUGGUCUUGAACAUUCCUCAGAUUCCGAUUCUAUAAUGGCACCAUUUUAUCGCGAAGCAAUAGACAAUAGCGGAAAUUACAUUAUACCUAAAUUAUCCGCAUCCGAUAUUACAAAUAUACAAUAUCUUUAUGGAAUAAAUGAUAAGAAAUCAAAUCGACAAAAUCCAACAGCAGGAUAUGGUAAUGAUUUUGAAACUGAUUUAUCGAAUACUGAUAAUGAUUCAAGCAGUGAUAGGAAAAUAGAUAUCAAUUGUCCGGAUGAGGUUGAUGGUAUUAUUACAACUGAUGGUUCAAAUUAUUUGUUCAGUGGUAAUAAAGUAUAUGAAUUUGGUAAUACAGGUAUUAGAAAAGAAUAUUUGUUGAAAAAUCUUUUUCCAAAUGGGCCACCGUUUGUCCAAGGUGCAUUGUCAAAUCCACGUGAGGAUAAGACACUUUUAUUUCAUGAAAGAAUGGUAUAUUGA